AUGGAGAUACGAUCUCCACUCCACUUGGUAGCUUCUUCAAGCGCUGAGUUGGAUGGAGACAUAAGGGGCAUUGAUGGUCAAACGUACAAGCUUGUUACCGAAUACGACGAAAAGAAAGAUGAAGAAAGCAAGCAGCAACAUGGACUCCUCAAGAAGCUGUUCGACCACCUCCACGAUUACUACAGCGUUCGUCACCUAUCCACUUUCUCCGCCAAGACAUAUCCUACUUCCGUCUACGACAUGCUUCAGUGGCUUUGUGGUCUCACGUACAAUCCAGUCCACGAAACGCUCUCACAUGACGGAUUUAGUGCAUUGUUUGAGAAGCCAGAAGAUGGCGAAGCCAAGCAUCAUUUAAUAGAUGAUAUGCCAGUGGAACUUGAAGACGCAGACUCUUUGGAGGCAUAUCCACAGAAGAUCACAGCAGCGUCCUUGAGUGAUGCUCUGGCAGUGGUAUGUCACUACUCACAUGACGUGCUCACAACCAUUCUAGGCCACGGCCAUGGUGACGGUGUAUACGCGUGUGAGUUCAACACAAACAACAGAGCUCUAAUGUAUCCCAGCAAUAUGGACACCUUGCUUUGCAUGAUAUGUGACGUCGUCAACCGUCUCUACCGCCAGCUCCACUUCCUAUAUAACCAGUGCCAAUAUAACACUGAGCUCAGUGGCUGGCUUGAUUGCGAAUAUGGUCAAGGCGUCGGUGGCUCAGGUUGGCGGUGCAACGUCGACCAAUGUGCCAACCAAGCGUGCAACCAAAACAGUGGGCAAAGAGCCAACCAAAAUGGUAACCAAAGAGCUGACCAACGAUGCGACCAGCACCCUAAGUGCGGCGUCAAAUCUCCAUUGCAAUCAUUCCUCGAAGAUGGUUUGCAAGGGUUCCUACCGCAUCAACUCAAAUACGAAAAGGGCAAAGUCGUCUGUUCGGUUAAAGAUCAUUCCGGCAUAGAGUGUAUCACGCCUUUCGGUUUUUCAAGUAUCAGUCAUAGGGCAUCGCACAGGGCUACGGGGCAACGUAUCGUCGAUGUGCUUGCUGGUUACUGUGGUAAUCAAAUGUCUCCCCUCACUAGACUCUGCAGCUUAUUUAAUUGUGUUAUUCCUACUCCUCCCAAAACGCUUGGCCAGAUGUUUGGCUUCUACUACAGCUUGCUUGUUGACUGGGAUGACAGCAGUAAACGCAAUGCCAAACGUGAAGCACAUAGAGAGGCAGCAUUUAACAAAGCUGUUAGUGACGCCGACUUCGCAAAUCCCAAAACCACUUUGGACAUGACUUCGUUGUUCAGAAGCGGAAAACAUAAUCCCAGUACAGGCGACCAGAGUAGUACCCAUCUUACCGGCGAUCUCUAUGCUCUUGUUAAAUGCAACGGUAACCCAGCGUCAGAUCCAUCACACCCGUGCGGCGCAUAUCUUAGACCGUUAUGCUAUGAUACCUGUGCUAUGUUCUCCAAAGAGCACGCCGACAAGUACCUUUCAUGGAUCGUCUACUUGACGGAGACAUUCUACACUGCGCUUCAAAAGUUGCUAGAGGACUGCCAGAAAACGUGCGGUGCGGAUUCUAAGAAGUGCAAAAUUGGAAAAUGUAAGAAGGAUUGCGAAACAAAGGCGAAGCCACUUGCUCCAUCCUCGAAACACAGUGACGCCUGCAAAUCAAUUGUCGAGUGCGGGUACAUUCGUCCUACAUUCUUCAGAUAUGGUUUCAUACACAAUAACGUUAGCAGUCUCAGCGGUGUAUCAGGUGACGCACAUAAAAGGACCUGCACAGAUUUCUGCACAUUAUUGCAACUUGUGACGAAGGAAGGUAAUGUACUUUAUAACAUCGUAAACAAUACCAUACCCAAUUUCUUCUGGACGAUUAGACAGAAAUUCUUCUGGACCAUCCUCGCACUCUGGCUCCUCUCUCUCCUCUACCUGCUCCACAUCAUGGUCAUCCGCCUAGACCUGCUCCACAUCAAAUCGCAUUUACAUAGUCCCUCAUCACAUCGCAUCGCCGCGCAAUCACUGCUUGCUGCUGGACGCGUUAACAAGCUUAACAGGGUGUUUUACCUACAACCAUAA